AUGCAUCAAUAUAAUCUAUUUACAAUUGAACCAUAUAAAUUACAAGUUCGUAAUUUAGAGGGUUGUGUUAAACAACUAAUCAAUUUUACAGAAAUAGAGGGCAGUAUUACUAUGACUACUCAAUGUGGCAGUUAUAUGGCAUGUCUUACUGAUCAAAAUAAAGUACGAGUAUUUGAUUUAAGCAGAAGAGAAAUCAAAUCAACAAAUACAUCCAAAUCUUUAACUCAAUUAGUUCUAUAUCAAUUAUUCAAUUCUAUUGCACAGAAUCCAUCAAUAUCGAACUAUUCAACUACAUCUAUUCAAGAGAAUAUCAAAUUAUUACAUCAUUCAAAUAAUCAAUUAAUAAAUGAAUUAAAUAUUUCAUGGAUUUCAAUGAAUAAAUCUGGUAAUUCAAUUGCAUUUACAAUAGAAAUUUUACUAAAUGGUGAAUUAUGUAAACUAUUAUGGUUCAAUUCUGUUGAAUCAUCAUCAUUGUUCACAAAAAUACAAACAGAUAAAAUGAAUGAUAAAGUCAUGCCAAGAACUACAACAGGAAUUAUGAAUAAAGAUGUGAAAUUAUUAAAAAAAUGGAUUCCAGAUCCAAAUAUUUAUAUUUAUCAUUUAGAUGAAGAUAAAUUGAAAUGUUUCAAUUUUUUCGAAAUUUUAUCAAAUUCUGUUAAUGAUAUACCUGAAACAAUAAAUAAUCUUGAAAGUGAAAAUCAUCCAGUAAAUUUAAAUCUAGUCCGUUUAAAUAGUAAAAAUCUUAUUCAGAAGAGAUGGCCAAAACAUCAUUACUGGGAUCAAUAUGAAUCAAGAAUGUUGGUUGUAGAAGCUGCACCAAUCUCACCUGAUCAUCCAAUAUUAAAAUCUAAAUUAAAUUUACUUGAAAAAGUAAAUAACGAACAUUCUGGAAUUAAUUAUAUAACUGAUAAUGAUACUAAUCAAUAUACUACUGUGGAUAAUCGAUCGUCUAGUAAAAGGAAAUCGAAAGUUUCUACUUCUAUUGUUUCAUUGUUUGUUAGUCCAGAUCGAAAUGAUACAAUAAUUCAAGGAUCAUUUCUAAUGUCUUUUCAUCAUAGUGCAUUGAUCGGUGUUGAAGUGCCAUUCAUAUAUUUUUCCGUUCGUUGGGAUAUAAAUCGUCUUAUUCUCAAUGAACAAUAUCGAAAUCGGUCUGAAAAGAUUACAUCUGAUCGUCGUAUAAUCAAUAAAAUUGAUUGUACAUCAACAAUUACUAAUAAUUAUAAUAAUGAUUUAGAUCUGAAUACAUCAUUGCAUAGAGAAGAUAAAGAAUUGAAUAAUAAUGUUGAUAUCAAUAUUCAAUCGAGAAAGAAAUCAAUGAAUAGUGAAGUAAUUGAUGGUGAUGAAUCAAUAACUCAGAAUAGAGUACAUUAUAUUGAUAGAUGUGUAAUGCAAAAUUUUAUUGGUCUUGAAGAUGCUGAUGAGAAGACGCGUGAAGCUAUGCUAAAUUUCAGCUAUUAUUUAGCAUUAGGUGAAAUGGAUUCUGCAUUUAGAGCUAUGAAAUUGAUUAAAAGUCCAAUCGUUUGGCAGAAUAUGGCUAAAAUGUGUGUUACUACUUGCCGAUUGGAUGUUGCUCGUGUUUGCUUAGGGAAAAUAAAUAAUCCAAUGGGAUCAAAAAUGUUACGUGAAUUUAAAAGUAAAGAACCAGAAUUAGAAGCUCAAGCAGGAGAAUUGGCUUUACAGAUUGGUAUGACUGAUGAGGCUGAACAACUAUUCAUUCAAUGUAAUCGUUGGGACUUGAUAAUUCGUUUACAUCAGUCGCUCGGCAAUUGGAGCAAAGCUUUGAUAACGGCUGAACAACAUAAUCGUAUGUUAUUAUGUAGUAUUCAUUAUUCCUAUGCUAAAGAAUCGGAGUCUGUGGGUGACAUUCAGCAAGCUAUUGAACAUUAUAUUCAAUCUGGAACUCAUUGUUUCGAAGUACCUAGAAUGUUACAAAAUAAUCCGAAAUUAUUAGAAUCAUUUGUAAAUCAACAAAAUGAUCAAAAUAUGAAAAUACGUGUACUAUGCUGUCUUGGUGAAGAAUCAGAAGCUGAAACAAUAUGCAAUGAAACUGAUGAUCCUGGUGCUUGUCAUCAUUUAGGGAAUCAUUUAAAAUUGAAAGGUUGUAUAGACCAAGCAAUUCGUUUGUUUACAAGAGAAAAAGCUUAUUCAAGUGCAAUACGUUUGUGCAAGGAACAUGGUCAUGAUAUGUUAGAAUCAGCAAAACAUUUAGGAAAUUAUUCAGAUUAUAUUGAUAAAGCAAUAUUAUUAUAUCAUAAAGCCGGCAAAAUUAAUCAAGCUAUAGAAUUAGCAAUUAAUACUAAACAAUUUGAUGCUUUACAAAGUAUUAUUAGUUCUUUAAAUGAUGAACAAUUAAAUCCUGUAAUGUUAAAACAAUGUUCAGAAUUCUUUAUACAAAAUAAUCAAUUUGAUCGAGCUGUUGAAAUACUUGCAGCUGGUAAACAGUAUUGUGAAGCAAUCCAAUUAUGUAAUGAACAUUUUAUACCCAUAACAGAAGAUUUAAUUGAAAAACUUACACCAAUAUCAAAUAAUUUAUCAAAUAAAGAAAAAUCUAUUCUAUUGAAUCAAUUAGGUGAAUUAUGUUUAAUACAAGAACAAUAUUAUUUAGCAUGUAAAAAAUUUACUCAAUCUGGUAAUCAUCUAUUAGCAAUGAAAGCCUUAAUUAAAUCUGGGGAUACAAAUAAAAUUAUAUAUUUUACUAAUAUUAGUAAACAAAAAGAAAUUUAUAUCAUGGCAGCAAAUUAUUUACAAACAUUAAAUGAUUGGCAUUCAAAUAUAAAUAUUAUACGUCAUAUUAUACAAUUUUAUACAAGGGGUCAAGCAAUGGAAUCAUUAGCUGCAUUUUAUGAAGCAUGUGCUCAUAAUGAAAUUGAAGAAUCUGGCAAUUAUGAAAAAGCAUUGGAUGCAUUAACCGAAACGUAUAAAGUUUUAGUUAAAUUAUCAAGUUCAACUACAAAUGAUAAUAAUCAAACAAAUGAAUGUCAUCUUAAAAAACAAAUUCAGAAGUUGUUUUCCACAAAUCCGAUAGAUGCAAUGCAAAGGUGUCAUACACUUUUAGAAAAUAUUGGACAGGAUGAUAUAUUAAAACCUGGAGAUAUUUAUUCUUUAAUAAUACGUGAAUUAGUAAUGGAAGAGAAAUAUAAAGAUGCAUUGAUAUAUCUUAAUGAAAUGAAAGAGCGAAUUGGAGAUAACGUUAUUUUCCGAUAUUUGGAUCAAGAAAUUUUGGAGAAAAUUUACAAAACGCUAAACCUAACCUCAAUUGAAUAUAAUAAGUGCACUUUAGAUGAGACCAGGAAUGAAAACGACGCCUUAGACUCGCCUUUAUAUGAAGGUAAUGAAGUUGAUGGGAACGUAAGCGACGAAACGAAUGACUACUAA